CGUCAUUGGAGAAGCGAGAGAAAAGGAUCCAAGACAUUGUUUAAGGUACUUGCAAGGAAGUUUGUGGUUCGAGUUUUUUUUUUUUGGAUUCGGAAGCAAAGGUUGCGCCAUAUUUUGCCCAUCAUUGCAAGCGCUGAUUUAUAUUGCGAGCAACUAAUUAUUGUUAGGAUGAGUGCCGCAGAAGGUGAGAUUCCUAAGAUUGCAAUACUUGGAUCUGGUAUAUUUGCUCGCACACAAUACAUUCCUAGACUCAGAGAGAUAGCUGAUUUGGUGGACGUGAAAACUAUCUGGAGUCGUACUGAGGACUCAGCAAAAGCUGCGGCAGAGCUUGCCCGUGACUUUUGUCCAAACAUAGAAUUCAAAUGGGGUGACGCCGGGCUUGAUGAUAUUAUUCUAGAUGAUUCAAUACAUGGAGUUGCCAUUGUUCUUGCUGGACAAAUUCAGGUUGAUAUGUCUCUUAAGAUGUUAAAGGCAGGAAAACAUGUCAUUCAAGAGAAACCAGCCUGUGGAUCAACCAGUGAGGCAGAAACUGCUUUGUCAUCUUACAAGUCCUUGUGCAACCAUUUGCCUCAUCAGCCAAUUUGGGCAGUUGCAGAAAAUUACCGUUUUGAGCCAGCUUUUGUGGAGUGCAGGAAAUUAAUAAAUGAUAUUGGCGAAAUGAUGAACAUCCAAGUAAUAGUUGAAAGUUCUAUGAACAGUUCGAAUCCCUAUUUCUCAAGCUCCUGGCGACGCAAUUUUAAUGGUGGUUUCAUUCUAGAUAUGGGCGUACAUUUCAUUGCUGGGCUGAGAAUGCUUGUUGGUUGUGAAAUUGCCACUGUUUCAGCUAUUGCUCGACAUGUUGAUACAAAUUUGCCACCUCCUGAUAAUCUAUGUUCCCUUUUCCAAUUGGAAAAUGGAUGUGCUGGCGUUUUCGUAAUGGCAGUGUCAUCACCAUCACCAAAGAUAUAUUGGCGAGUUGACGGCACAAAAGGAACACUGCAAAUUGAACGUGGGAUUGAGAAUGGAAGGCACGGAUACACGGUUCUCUUCAAUACAACAGACGGCUUAUGUGAAAGAGCUUUCCACCCGUUCAGUGGGGUGCAUGAAGAAUUGAAAGCUUUUGUUCAUGACAUAAAGCAGGCUACUAACAAGUACACAACAACAAGGCCCGAAGCUGAGCCUCGUAGUUCAUAUUUAGAGGGUGUUAGAGACGUUGCCGUUUUGGAAGCCAUGCUCGAAUCAAGCAGCAAGAAUGGAGCUCUUACUCAUGUGAAGAGGUUCUGAUUCAUUAAAUUAGAUAUGAAAUUGUAUGAGUUUAUUAUUUGCCGAACCAAAAAAAUUGCUGCUUCCAUGAGAAUUGAAUGUUAUGAAUCAACCUAAGUGAUAUAUAUAUAUAUAUAU